AAGUUCAUGGGCCAAGCCUAAUGAGUUGGAUCCACAUUUAUUAUUGAUUAUUUAUUAUCAUGAUCUGAUGGUUCAACGCCAUACAUGAGAAGAGCACAGUGAAACCUGGAAUUUUUUUUUUAUUUUUCUUACUUUACUAGAUUUUUUUACUUUUCUUGUACUUUACUUACAUCAAGCCCGCAUGGGGAAAUUACACUCAUACCUCCAAUCCCCCAAAUAAACCUAUACGGCUAUACCCCAGGUCCCCAACCCACAAGUGAAAUUUGAACCAGGACCUCCAAGUCAUGGGCAGGGUAACCUACCACCCAUGCUACCCCCGUCUCCCUCGUCUGACUUUACUCGAAUGUAGUUCUUCAUAGGGCUCAACUUGAGUUCGACUCCCUUGGUAGAGAGGAUCAACUUGAUUCCUGGAUCCGACUUCGCUCAUGAUAAUGCUCCUCACAACUUCAAUUUGUAAAUCCCUCAGCAGAAUGGCACCUAAACAUCAGAUUUAUCAAUGCAAAGUGCAUACACAAACAUCAAUGCCAAUGACUAAAACUGCACCAGGGUUUUUUUUACAACAAUUGCAAAUUAGCAUUCCUUCAAUGAGGAAUCGCAGCUGAUGUUUAACUUUUCUUCAUAAAAGAAAAUUCAUUGUAUACAAUACUUGGCUUUCUUCAAGUCUUGGUUCCUGAAGAACAUCAAUCAAUGAGAAAAUGGCACAUAGGAACAAUAACAAGUUAGCCAGUGAACCAUCUUCCAAAUGAAGUAGUAAUUGAAAAUCUCAUACAAGCCACUUUGAGUUAGUAAUGCUACAGCCCCGAAAUAUCCCCAAUCCAUGCGGCAUGUGGAAUUACAAAAAAAUGAAUACGUUGAAGUAGUAAGUGGACGAUCAAAAAAAAGGAGCAUUCCAAUAACAAGCGACGACAUAAAUAUGUUGAUCAAAGAGAGGUUGGAGCCAUUACUAGACCAAUAUUAUCAUGAGAAAGGCUGAGGGCCAGGGGGAGGGGCAAGCACGAAAGAACGAAAUAUGCAGUUGGAAUAUUCAAAUAUAAAUAAAAUAUCUUGGUCUACAGCAAAAACAUAUUCGAUUUCUAUAAUAUUUAGAAAGAAAAGGUUAAGAAAGAGGCAGGGAGGUGCAUGAAGCUUAAGAUCCCAAAUAAAUCAUCAAAUAAAGAAUGGCAUUACAGAAUAAAGAAAGAGUUAGACAGUAGGUAAAUGUAAUGUUGGCUGCAGAGCUUACAAACGACAUACGAACAAUGAUCUCAAAAUAAAGACCACUGUUCCUUGCAGAAAAAAAGAUAAGACAGAAUACUAUCGCUUUGGCUAUAUGCUGCAGGAAUCAAUUAGCAUUACACCCUCCAUGUAUUUGUUCAUUUUUCUAUCUAAAAUAAAAAAGUAUCAGGUUGCAAAAUCAAAAGUUACAAAGAAAAGGCAAUAAAAAUUUUAAAAAAUAAAUCAACAGCGGUUUCAAUUGGAGAGGAGUAUGCUAAUGCAUGAGCAUCAUAGUUUGGAAGGGCUAAAACAAAAAAAAGGUAUGGAUAGACACCAAUUCAUCUGAAAGAGCUUCUAUCCUAACAGAGAAGUUGGAGCACAUUUACAACACUUUUCCAUCAACACAACUUUCUAUGCCCAACAAUCUAGACUUUAAAGUUAAAAUGUUACCUGAAAGAUCGGUACAUAGUAAUGCAGAAAAGUUCGCCAGUGAAACUGUGAAGAUUAGUUACUUCAUUCAACCCAAUAAGUUAACUUGUAGGGUUAACGCAUUUCACAUCAUUUAUACAUAUCCUAACACUCCCCUCACAUGUGGGCUGGGCAAUCCGCCGGCCCAAUACAUGCACAACAAACAAGGCCCAACACUAGGGCUACUCUCACACAAGGCCCUCGCUUGGGGGCAACUACAAACAUACACAAAGGCCCUUACUUGGAGCAACAACAAAUGAAAGUUUAAAAUGCGUAAGCUAAGAUUUGAACACAAGACCUCCCGCUCCGAUACCAUGUUAAGAUUAUUAGUUACUUUGCUAUUCAACCCAACAAGUUGAAUGGCAAAGUAACUAAUCUUACCCAAAACAACUUCCAAAAUGCAUCGAUGAUAACAGAAUCCUCACCAACCCAAUUCUGACAUUAUCAUAAAUGGUAAACAUUUUUGGUAACGCUAAGAGUACUUACCAUGCAGGAACACAGAAGAUUUGUCAAGGUGAAAUGAGAGACUCCGACUUCCACAGCCAUAAUAAUCAUUCAAAUUAAGUUCUCAAAGGUCUCUAAACUUGCAGUGUGUCUGCCUCACCAUUUUUCUUGGAGUCACAGCUGUGCAUAGCAAAAAUAUAGAGAAUAAAAAGAAAAACCGCACAUCAUGCAUCAAGAUGCAGAAACAAGCAUUAAUAACAUAUAAAUGAAGUAGAUUCAUCCAGAAUAUUUUUUCAAUGAUACUUGUAACUGUUGUUUCCACAAAGACAAGAGUGCAACAAAUUGAAAGAUGGAUGAAUUCAGAACCAAAAAUAGUUUAAGGGCUAAGAGUGAAACUCAACCGACAGUCAUGGGAGAAAAGGUGUCAUUGCAAAGCCAUAAAAAAUAAGCUAGUCAUGCUACUUUGAAUUUCCAAUUUCAUUCAAAGUGCAAUAUAAAUGUCCGACGAAAAUUUCAUUACACGAUUUUCUUUUUUACUUUAAGUCAAAAAUCUAGGCAAGAAUGCACAUUUUGUCCCUUAAUCUACAAAAAAACCCUUCAUCCCACAAACAUCUUAUAUUCCGUCCUUGUCAUACAAUUUUCAUUUGGCCCCAUGUCCCUCUAUGUCAGGGCCAUGAGUCCCUGUAAUGGAAAAUACAUAAACAUGCUCAUAAGUUAGCACUAUCUUAUAGGGAAGUAUGCAUUUUCUAUAGUAGAAACUAACUGCCAUGACAGAUGGAAAAACAAAAGGCAAAACAAAAGGAGUUUAAAACAAUUUGUAACAACAAAUUAAGGGACAAAUUCAUAUUUGUUCAAUCUGUGAAACUGAAGAGAAUAUACAAUUAUAUCUAAGUCAAAUUUGAAGAGUGCAUUAAUGCCUCGUCUCACUCAUCCACCAAACCCCAUCUGAUAUUUACAAGAGAAAAUGAAAAGAUAAUUAAAAAAAAGGCGAGAACAAACGCUACCAGGGACAAAAAAAAAUAAAAGGAAAAAAAGUAAAAGAGUUCAUUUCACGUGAACGGUAAAAACACAGCGACUUUGUUUCUGUGUCCAGCUAAGUAGCCUGAAUUGCCAGACCUGGACAGACAAAAGUUACCAAAAGAGAAAAGGGAAUUAAAGAAAAAAAAAACUCAAUGAGAGUCAGUGAGGAUAAGUAUCAUACACAACUCUAUUAAGUGAUACAUAUGCCGUCACAACUUUCAAACAUUUGUGCACACACAGAAUAUUUUGGAGAGGGAUUUCAGAUAGUAUUAGAAGAAAGCAUGGCUUCAAAUUUCGUAGAUCUUUGCUCAGGUAGCACAAGUACUAUGAAGCCCUCUUAUGUGCCUAAAUCAAUCUCAAGUUUGUUAAAAGAUCUGGAGGACAUCAGUAACAUUGACAAUAAGCUGGAGUCGUUGAAUUUUCAUCUUCAUCAGUAUGAGGUAGAAUUGGCAGGGGUUGAGGGCGUCAAAGACCUUUUUCCUCGAUGCAUGCUGCUACUACUGGAUGGUCAGCCAAUUUUGUUUUUGUUUUUCCUUUUUUUUCCAGUGACAAUUUUGAUGAUUGUCUUUGAUGAGACUUCUUGCUUAAUGGGAGAGUAUGAAUGACAAGUUUACUGCUUUUUCUUGAUUUUUCAUUAUUUUUGGGGAUUACAGCAGUUGAAACAUUAAGAAAUGAAAUAGCAGAAGUGAAGGCAACUAACACAUCUACAUCAAUACAGCGAGAAAUAGGGUGUUUAGAAUCAAAAAGGAAGAGUCACGAGGAAGACCAAACGAGGGACCUUAGGGUUGGAGGAAAGGACCUGGUGAACCCUAAUCAUGAUAAGAGACAGAGAAGGAACUCUAGUAAAACAGAGGUAACCCUUAUCAUGAAAAAAAAUUCAAUCAAGUUUUUUUUGAUUAGAUAAAUUGUUAAUUGGACAUGUUUUGUUUUGUUUUGUCACUCUAGAGUGACAACAGGACAGAAAUGCUGGGUAGGAGCCAUAAUGUUAUGGCUGAUUAUCAUCUCAUGCCACUCACCGAGCCAGCUAGGAAAAACAAUAGAAGAAGCUGGACUACAGAACUUUCUAAUAGUUUCAUCACUGCUGUAGAAACCCUUGGAGGCCCUGAAGCGGCAACCCCAAGUAAAAUAAAGAAGCUAAUGCAAGUAGAAGGCUUGACUACUGAUCAAGUAAAAAGCCACCUGCAGAAGUACCGACACCAGAGUCGAAGGGCAUCACAACCAAAUGAGAAUCCAGUAAAUCUCCCCAUAGACUUUCAAGAACAGUGGAUCUGUGAAAGUUUCCCCGUCAACAUGAUGGUGCCAAAUUCUUCCGACGUUCACUCUGGAGCAAGUCAUAACAUACCAGGUCAUGAAAGCAAAAAUGCUGAGAGUAGCGCACCAGAUAUCAAGUGAUAAGGCUUCACAAAACCCUCCUGCAGUUGGUCAUUGAUGUGUUUUUGUGUAGCUUUUUAGAUAACAACCUCUCUCCUCUUUUCUUUAAGGAACUUUAGUAUUUUACCCAGUCUGUAAAAUUGGAUUAAUUAAAAUGUUUACCAUUGCAUGUGCCAAGUGCUGCUCCAUAAUUGGCUCUGAUCUUCUCAUAUCGUCUGGCAAUCAAAUAGGCAAACGGGGAAACUUACACAAUCCACUGAAAUUUGAUUAACCCAAGAGUCUAUUGGAUUCACAAACAAUCAUUAAAGAAAACGUGGUCAAUGUGUGCCACAUCACUAAAAAAAAUCCAAAACUAAGGUGAAUCACAUAAAACAAAGGUCCUUAAUAAUCUCUGAGGGUCGUACAGAAGCAGCAGUUGCCUUAGACCUCAAAUCGUAAGCUAUUCCAUAUUCUAAAACCUUCCUCAAUAUCAAAUGAAGCUGCAAGAGGCAGUUGAAAUACUGAACUUAAAAUCCUUAAGGAUAAAUUUCCUAUGCCACUGUCCUAAUAUAAUUUUGGCUACUGAUAAGUCAGAUAUGAACCCCCUUAUUAAAGACACCUGUUCCUUGCAACAAACACAAGAGGCAGUUUGUAACAGUUUGGAUUUUAUACUAUAGGAACUAAUAAUGAUAUUGUAUAGACAGAGGGAAGAGUGUAGCUUUAAAAAGGAACUAAUGGCAGAGUAGGAUCCAUUUAGUGGACUUCAACUCCAACCAAGUUCUCAUAAUGGUUCGUGUAGCUGACCCAAACUAAGUCAUCAGGCCAGAUAAAAAAUGGCACUAUAUUCUCAUAGCAUCUCAUACUAAGUCCAAAUGCACUAGCGUCCCAGAAGAUGCAUAUUUCAUCUCUUAAUAUUUUGGCAUUGGAAUGCUUCACAAAUCUUAAAAAUCCCCUUGGUAUGAAGAGAAUGUCUUUCACAUAUGUUUCUCAAUUAACAAAGCUUGUAAAAUAUUGUUUUUAGAAUUUAAUCUGUCAAAACUGAUUAUUAUUAAACUCAUAGUAAAAUUUAGGUCAGGCCAGUUAUGACUAUUUUGAUUGAAAUGCAUUCAUUAUUUAAUGGAUACCAGAAGCAUACUAAACUCCAGUUGAUAACAAAAUACCGUAUCUCCAAAAAAUCCAUAACAGUAGCUCCAAAAGGCAUGGGUCUACACUACAUACUAACAGAACAGCUAAAUAUAAUAAAACAAGCAUGCAUCUACACUCUACACACAUUUGAUAUGCAAUCAUUAGAAAAGGCAAACUGAAUUAAAACAGCCAGUGAGACAUCUUCAAAAUGGGGAAUUGGGGAUGUGAGUUCAUCACAGUCUCAUAUAUAUGACUCAACAAUAUAUGUAAACAUACUUACCAUAAAGGUCAUAGGAGCUUCAAUGAGGAGAAAUGGGAUGCAACAUAAG